CAGACAUCUGAAUCUACUUGGUACAGCAGCAGGACUGUGGGCCAAGAUGUGGCUGUUCAUUCUGGUGACAUAUCUGACACAAGCAACUGCAGAUUCAGAACUCAUAAGAAGAGGACAUGGGAAUCCUGAGGCAUUUAUGAAUAUUAGUAAGAUCAUUCGCUAUAGAGGAUAUCUUAGUGAUGAGUAUGAAAUUAUGACAGACGAUUCCUAUUAUCUUAGCAUCAACAGAAUUCCCUUUGGCAUAGGAAAUGGUAAGAACUCAGGUCUCAAUCCUGUUCUUCUGCAGCAUGGCUUAGUUUUAGAGGGAACCACCUGGGUUGCAAAUAUGGCCAACAGCAGCCUGGGUUUCAUACUAGCAGAUUCUGGCUAUGAUGUUUGGAUUGGAAAUAACAGAGGGAAUAACUACUGGGCAAGAAAACACUACAACCUUACAGCUGACCAGGAGGACUUUUCAGAUAACAGUUUUUCACAACAUGCUACACAUGACCUUCCUGCCAUCAUAAACUUUAUUCUGCAGAAAACGGGGCAAGUGCAACUGUAUUACAUUGGCUAUUCUCAGGGCACCACCUUAGGUUUCAUUGCAUUUUCAUCCAUGCCACAGCUGGCUCAAAAAAUCAAAAUGUUUUUUGCAUUAGCUCCUAUAAUCACACUUAAGCAUUCCAAAAGCCCACUGGUAAAACUGUUCUUCUUACCUGAAGGAAUAAAUAGGACUAUACUUGGCCAGAAAGAGUUUUCUGUAAAGGGAGAGAUUCUGAGCAAAUUUACUGUUCAGGUGUGCCGCUACAGAGUAUUUCAGAAGCUUUGUUCCUUGGUCUUUUCUCUCAUCAGGGGUUUUAAUGAAAAGAACCUAAAUAUAAGUUGCAUUGAUAUCUACCUGUCAGACUUUCCAGAUUCAACAUCUGUAAAAACUAUGCUCCAUUGGGGCCAGACAUUUAAAACAGGAGAAUUCAGAUAUUUUGAUUAUUGCAGUGAGGAAAAUGAAGUUAAAUACAACCAGACUGAAGCCCCCUUGUAUAGGUUAGAAGAUAUGAAAGUUCCAACUGCAUAGUGGUAUGGUGGAGAGGACUGGCUUGUGGACCUGGAGGAUAUAAAAAUAUUACUCCCACAAAUCACUAAUCUACAGUAUGAAAAGUAUAUUCCUGAUUGGGCCCAUUUUAAUUUCAAUUAGGGUCUUGAUGCUCCUGAGCGAGUAUACAGUGAAAUCAUUGAUCUGAUGAAGAAACAUCCAUAGAAUUGCAUAUUAGUGUUUUAGAAUUAAGCAAGAUUUAGAAGGAGUCCUUUGAAAUAAGCUUUGUAUCUGAACUAAUUGUAGGGUUUACAAAGGUAUUUGCUAUGAUUCCUUGGAUUUGCACUACUUGUCAUUAUCAUAUUCUAUCCUGCUGGUAAUUCGGGGACCUCCUUAAGGAUCUGAAUUUCAUUUCUUAGAGGGGAGAGAUUUUUAUGCUUCAAAUUUAUCCCAUGUCUAGAAAUGUGUUGAACAAUGAAAAUGAAAACCCUAAAAAUGGAAGGUUUUAAUAUUUCAAUGUGAAAAUGAAAAUUUCACUAUUUGUAUGACGGUUGUGAAAAUUCCCACUAAAUAAAAUAACAGGAUUCAUUUUCCUCACAGAAGUGACUGAUUCAAAUAACAUUAGCCUCAGCCAUGCAAAAUUUUGUGUGUUCAAUGUUUUCAACAAGGAAAGAUAAUUUCAUAAAGUGAUAUUUGGAGGGCACAAAACCAACAAAAACUGCUAAGGUUUAUUUAUUUCCCUUUGCUUUGAGGGAUUAGGAAGAUUUUGGUGGGAGAUGAUAAUGCUCAUAAAUGUUUUUGGCUGCAAGGUUAUGUAUGUAUGCUUAUUAUUGCCAAAAGAGGAGUCCCGGAGUAAUUUAUAAUUGUAUUUUUUAAAUGUGUCAAGGAGAAUCCAGAGCAAAGGAUGGAAGUGUAUAUAAUGAGCGUAUA